UGAAGAAAGAAAUUACAAGAAGAAACGGGAAGAAGCGGGAAGAAGGUAAAGAGAGGCAGGAAGAAGAAGAGAAGGGCUUAUGAAAAAUCUGGUGAAGGUUUUAGAGCUAUUGGUCUUAAUUUUUUUUGGUUUGCUCUCAAGAUCUUGUGUAGAUUCUGAUAAGAUAUUGAGAAAAAAUAAAAAAUAAAAAGAACAGAAAAGGAAAUGGCUGCUCAGGAUAAAAACAAGGCAGCUAAAAAGCAUCAGAAAAGCUACUUUGAUGUGUUGGGACUGUGCUGCUCUUCUGAAGUUCCUUUAAUUGAGAAUAUCCUCAAGUCUCUUGAUGGUGUUAAAGAGUAUUCAGUAAUUGUCCCAACAAGAACAGUCAUUGUUGUCCAUGAUAAUCUCCUCAUUUCCCAGCUUCAAAUUGUUAAGGCCCUAAAUCAAGCAAGACUAGAAGCAAAUGUUAGAGUUAAAGGGGAUACAAGUCACCAGAAGAAAUGGCCAAGCCCAUUUGCUGUAGCCAGUGGAGUAUUACUUCUCCUGUCACUGUUGAAGUUUGUCUAUCAUCCUUUACAUUGGCUGGCCUUAGGAGCGGUGGCCAUUGGCAUCUUUCCCAUCUUGAUGAAAGCUGUUGCAUCCUUGAGAAACUUUAGGCUUGAUACCAACAUUCUUGUUCUUAUUGCAGUCGUGGGAACAAUUGUUCUGAAAGAAUAUGUUGAAGCAGGAUUCAUUGUUUUUCUGUUCACAAUUGCAGAAUGGCUCGAGUCUAGGGCGGGCCACAAGGCCAAUGCUGUAAUGUCAUCAUUGAUGAGCAUAACUCCUCAGAAAGCGAUCAUAGCUGCGACUGGGGAAGAAGUGGAUGCUGAUGAAGUCAAGUUAAACACAGUUCUUGCAGUCAAGGCUGGUGAAGUUAUACCAAUUGAUGGAAUUGUUGUAGAUGGCAACUGUGAAGUGGAUGAGAAAACCUUAACUGGGGAGUCAUUUCCAGUUCCUAAACAAAAGGACUCAACUGUAUGGGCUGGUACCAUCAACCUUAAUGGUUAUAUUAAUGUCCAAACUACAGCUCUAGCUGAAGAUUGUGUAGUGGCUAAAAUGGCAAAGCUAGUGGAAGAAGCUCAGAACAGCAAGUCUAGUGCUCAACGAUUCAUAGACAAAUGUGCUCAGUAUUAUACUCCAGCGGUUAUAAUUAUAUCGGUUAGCUUAGUAGUUGUUCCUCUGGCACUGAGAGUUCACAAUCGCAAUCGCUGGUUUCGCUUGGCAUUGGUGGUUUUAGUAAGUGCAUGCCCAUGUGCUCUUAUUCUCUCCACGCCUGUUGCAACUUUCUGCGCCCUUACUAAGGCUGCAACAUCUGGUGUUUUAAUCAAAGGAGGCGAUUCUCUUGAAACACUUGCCAAGAUUAAGGUAAUGGCUUUUGACAAGACUGGUACUAUAACAAAAGGUGAAUUUGUCGUGGUAGAUUUCGGCUCUCUUUGUGAAGAUAUUAGCUUAGAUACAUUGGUUUACUGGGUAUCGAGCAUUGAGAGCAAGUCAAGUCAUCCAAUGGCAGCUGCACUUGUUGACUAUGCGAAGAGUCUUUCAAUAGAGCCAAAUCCUGAGAAUGUGGUGGAAUUUCAGAAUUUUCCUGGAGAAGGAAUUCAUGGAAAAAUUGAUGGGAAAGAAAUAUACAUCGGAAACAAAAAGAUUGGCCUCAGAGCUGGAUAUGGAACCGGUAAAAUUCCGACGCUUGAAACAGAAAUGAAGGGAGGAAAAACAGUUGGAUAUGUGUACUCGGGGGGCACACCUAUUGGGAUUUUCAGCCUCUCUGAUGCCUGCAGGACUGGUGUUGCAGAGGCAGUCACAAAGCUGAAGUCAAUGGGCGUUAAAACUGCUAUGCUAACAGGAGAUAGCCAAGCAGCAGCAAUGCAUGCCCAGGAACAGCUAGGACAUGCUCUUGAGGUAGUCAAAGCAGAACUCCUACCGGAGGACAAGGCGAGAAUUAUCGAAGAAUUUAAGAAGGAAGGGACAACAGCAAUGAUUGGAGACGGCGUGAAUGAUGCACCUGCAUUGGCUACAGCUGACAUUGGUAUCUCGAUGGGAAUUUCAGGUUCAGCACUAGCAACAGAGACGGGGGAUGUAAUUCUUAUGUCAAAUGACAUUAGGAAAAUACCCGACGUCAUCAGUCUUGCGAGAAAAGCUCAUAGGAAAGUAAUUGAGAAUGUCAUUUUGUCAAUGUCCACCAAGUCUGCUAUCCUUGCCUUGGCAUUCGCUGGUCACCCGCUUGUUUGGGCAGCUGUUCUUGCCGAUGUCGGCACAUGCUUGCUCGUGAUAUUUAACAGCAUGCUGCUUCUGCGAGGAACACAUAAACAUGGAGGGAAAUGCUGCAAGUCAUCAUCAGCUACAGCAAAUACCAGCAAACGCGAUAAUAAUUCUUCUGAACAUCACCAUCAUUGUUGCUCUGACAGAAAAGUUGAAACUUCGUGCAAUUCUCAUGAAUCUCGAAGCUGUGCUUCAAGAUGUCAGGCAAGUGAUUCAAGUGUGAAACCAUCAUGCGGGGAAGUUCACAAGUGCGCACACUCAGCCGAUAGUCAUGACGGAAGGAAGCAUUGUCAGCAUGAUACUAGUUCCCACGUUGUCGACUUAGAGGCGAACAAUCCGCACAAACAUUCUUGUGAUAAAGUUUCUACUAAUUGUAUCUCUAACCAUUCAGACCAUUCUAUUCAUACCGAGGAAGCAACGCAAAAGAUGACCAAAGCCGACGAUCAUUGCCACUCUAAUCACUGUGAAAAGAACCAUGUUAACAUCCACAUUGAGGAUGAUUCUUCAGAAGACAUUGUUGAAUCAGGUGUCAAUCAUAGGCCUCACCAUCAAGAGCUACACCAUGGUAUCAAGAAGUGCUGUGGUGGCCAUAAAAGCAACCCAGGUUGCUCGUCUGUCAAUGAUAUCCAUCAGGAUUUGAGCAACACUGGAGCAACAAUAAUGCAUUGCAUGAGCCUGGAGAAGAGAGAAACUGGGGGCUGCUGCAAGAGCUAUAUGAAGGAAUGCUGUGGCAAGCACGGACAGUUUGGAACUGGUGGUUUUGGUGGAGGGUUGCCAGAAAUCAUCACUGAAUAGGGGAAGAAGAUAGCUAAUUUUCAAAGAAAGAUCAAGAUCCAUAGAUUGUUAUUUUUAGCUAUUAAGAAGUUUAGAAAAUUUUGGUGGCAUGCAAAAUGGGAUUGGCCGACAAUAUAUAAAUCACUAUGAAUAAAAUGAAGAUCCGUAUUGUAAUAGUAGCAAAUAAGUGUAUGUAUGUAUAUAUUUUUAUGUUAAUAUCAUGAAACAACAUAUCCCAGUCAUUGGAA